AUGGGAAAUGCUGUUCACCAGUUCAAGGUUCUGUUUUGGAAGAAUUGGCUCUGCCGUGUGAGGCAACCGGUCCUAUCUCUCUCUGAAAUACUCUGGCCGUGUGUACUUUUCCUUGUUCUGGCUGCAAUCCGCUUCCAGGAGCCUCCAAAAUACAAGGAAAACUGCUAUUUGGAAGCUCGGGAUUUGCCAAGUCGAGGCCUUUAUCCUUUCGUGCGGACUCUUUUCUGUAAUGUUGGUUCAAGAUGUAGGAACACCAGUUAUACAACACAGCAAAACAGACAUUUACGUACUUCUGGCUUUCAAGGUGGUGAGAGGAGCUAUAUAGGACCUGAUCUUGCUUUCAUGAAAGACAUACAAGAGCUUGCAAAAGGGUUUAUUGAGACCACAGAGAAAGCCAAGGCUUUGGAAAAACUAUGGGAAGAAGACUCAAGGUUUUCAGAAUUGUCAUGUUUUAAAUAUUUCCCUUACAUAAAGGUGAAUUUGAAUGAAGCAGAGGAAAUGAUUUCCAGAAUAGAAAAUCUGUAUAAGCAACCUCACUUUUGGGACCUUCUCCAUUCACUCCCUCGGCUUAAAUUGAGUAGCUUCUACACGAAAGAUGCAUUAGAUGUGAUAGCACAGUUUCUCAAGGGCAUUGAAAAUACUUUUGCUCCCUUGGAAGAUUUAGCUGGCAUGCCUUUGGGACAGAGUUUCUAUGAAAUAGUGAAGAGAGUACUGAAUUUAACGGCUGUGUUGGUGCACUUUUUGCAGGACAGGGACUUGGAAGGUUUCCAAUACAAUAUUUCUCUGGGAGAUGUGUUGUGGGAUCCACAUGUUGUCGGAGUGGAACUUAAAUCCAGGUUUGAUUUAGAUGAUCUCCACAUUGAGAAGCUUCUAAGUUAUGCCUCUCAGCUACCUGAGAUUCCCACAGAAGAGACACUAGAGCAGUUUGUGUGCUCUGCCCUGUCCAGUGUGCCAGGGAAUGAAUCAAAUGGAAAGCAUAAUGAUGAAGACUGCACUUCUGCAUGGCACGAGGCCAAACUCUAUCUUGUCAACACUGUCAGCAAGCUGAAACUCUAUUCACAGGUAUAUCAUCAAUGGUUCACCAGUAGCCAGUCUCAAAAGCUUCUUUCUGAACUUGAAGGAAUGAUAGCUGACUUACUGUCCCAGUUUUUAGAUGAAAGUGAAGCCUGGAAAAUUGUUUCAGGGAUAAGUACCCUGAUGCUGCAAUGGAAUGAGAAAUCAGAAGCCCAUUUCUCAGAAGGGCAUACUGCAUCUCAUGAUCUAAUCCGGUAUCUGGCGAGAAUGCAGGCUGUGCUUCGGGAUGUGCCUCAGUGGCCCCUUGCAAAGAGAUUGCUUCUCAUAGAUGGAGCUAUAAGGAAUGUAGUAAUACACAACUUACACUUCACUGAAGAAGUUUUACAUAAUCUGGAAAGACUGAUUCCUUUUGCCCCAAGAGAUGGAUCUGUUCAUCCAGACAUUGAAAAGCUCUUUGUUGAUUUAAAAAAGAUGCUGUUGAGCAAUGCUUCCUAUAUAUGCAACGAUGUGCUUACAGUGUUUGAGAAGGUCCUUAGGCUUCCACAGGGCUCAGAUGGCAUCAAUGUUUUAGAAAUGUAUAUGUGCCCAAGCAAUGACUCGGAUGUGACUCUCAAGUUAAGCAACCAGCUCCAGUCUCUAAAGGAAUCUGUCCUACUUCUGCAGAAAGUUAUUCAAGGUCAGCAGAGCAUUUCGGAUUCAGUAACGGAUGAUGUUUUGGGAUGGAAAGAAAUAGAAGAGCAGCUAGCUGAAAGUUAUGCUCAUUACUGUGGAAUUUAUCACCUAUGGAGCACAGAGAUGCCAUCUGAGGAGGAUGUCUGUUUCGACUCUUGUCAGGAACACCUGCUCUUUUCACUAAUUAAUAAUACCCUUGAAAUUGGAUUUGCCUCUGAGGGACACUCAUACUGGAAGGAUUUAACAACUUUUGCUGGGUGGAUGUGUGAAGUAGCUCAGUAUGUGAAUAAGGAAGUCGGCUCCCCAGAAUUCAUAGAAGCAAUCACAAUGCCGAGAUUCUCAGCCCCAUCAAAUCUCCAGUCUCUUGUGGAAGCCGUCUUGAAUAGUACAAUUGCAUGGAUAAGCAGUUUUGCUCAAAGGAAGGAAACUGUCACAGCUUUCUCACCUGCAGUUUCUGAACUCUAUGAUGAGCUAUUAAAACACUUCCGCCCUCUUCAGAGAUUCUGGCAGAAAGGGAAGAGUCAAGUGGGAGAAGUAGAAGUAUUGGAUACCCUGUCUAGAAUAUUUUUAUCCGUACCAGAAAAUGAAAAAAUCCUUAAUAGGAGUAUGCAUUUCUUCCAAAAUAUCCCGACUGGUUGGCCAGAUUUAAAUAUUGUUGAUAUGAGCCAUCUAAAACACCUAAGCGAAGACUUCAUUAAACAUCUCUAUGAGGUUGGGUCAUUGACUGGAGAUCAUGGUAAUACAACUUUCCGUCCAAUUCAUGGAGUGAGUAAUGCCUCCUCCUCCUCAUUCUCAAAUGCAAGUUUUCUGUAUAAAAUGCAAGAGUUAGGAGAAAUUGUAUCUGACCUCUUCAAAGACACUCAGAAAUUAAACAAUGGUAGUGUUGCCUCACUUUUUCAGGUCCUCUUCUCUGUUUAUCAGAACAUUGAUCUGCUCUUAAGUAUUGAGAGCAAUAGUGAUCUAUUAACAUUUUUUUAUGGAACCUCAAAAGACAUUUUAUCUCUUGAGUUAUGGUAUGAUUUUGAAGACAGGGACACAGUUUUUGAUCUUCUGUCUGAAACCUUUAAUCUACUUUUGAACUUAUCUGGGAAGCCUCCCUGUGAGAAGUUAUUAAUCAUUUAUAACUUCACAGAGUUUCAGGCCCAGUCUCUUGCACAGAAAGACAGAGAGAUGCAAGUUGUCUAUGACACUCUGAACAGCCUUAAGACUUUAUUAAUGGAUGAAGAGAUCCGAGCAGCUGCCUCUUGUUAUUUAGAAGAAUUCUUCAGUUUCUCAGUAGAAUGUCUGAUAAAUAAUGGAUGCAUUGAUUUUUAUCUAUCAAACACUACUUCUGUAGAGAAUUCAGUAGAGGCUUAUGACUUUCUUCUGUUUCCAUUGGACAGUGUUUUGUCUAACAUAACAAAGCUAGGAGAUAAGAUAAAUUUGCCUUCUGCUUUGCACUGCACUUUUCUAUGGCUUCAAACCUGGACAGGGAUUUUUGAAGAAGUGUCUGAAAUUUUAAGUUUGAAUUCAACCUUUUUUGUCACUCUAAGAUAUGGUUUGGCAAAUGUUUCUGAAGGCAUUUUAAAUACAACGCAUUCCGAACUGUGCAAUAAGACAACUAUGCUUAUUGUUGAAGCUGCAACAGCAGUGCAUCUGUUAAAAAACCUGGUUGAGGAUGGCAAUUUAAAUGACUGGGAAAAUUUUGAAGCUCUCAUUAGUAAUCUUCAAAGUAUACUUAACAAUGCAGUUGAUGUCACAAGCUUGCUUACGAGUAACAGCUUGGAGAAUGUUCUGGAUAUUAUAGGAGAUAGGAUUACUGAAUUACAGGGGUCUGUGUUGAAGGCUGAUAUUGGAGAUUUUUUGAUUUCUUGGCUUGAUACUUUCAUCUCAGGAGGAUUUGAGGGAGAGCGUGGAGAUGCCAAUACAUAUUCCAUUAGAAAUUCCCUUUCUACUAUUCUCAACCUCUCUAAAAAAGAACUUGGAAUUAUUCUUACAGAGAUAAAAGACACAACAACUUUUUUAAAAAGUAUAUCUCAAGAUAAGUAUUUGGGUUGUAUCAGUAUCUUCCAAAAUAUUACCAAAUUAAUUUUGGACAAUAUUCUGAAAGAGAAGAGUCAUUCACAGGUUAAUCUUUCUCCUCAUCUUAACUCCUUUCUGAACUUGAGUGCAGUAGCUGAAGCAGUAGAAUGUGACAAAUGGAUGCAUAUCCUUAAAUUAUUGACAGAAAUUCAAAAUAUCUUGAAAAAUAAAACUGUUGAUAUCCAGCAAACUGGCUCUUCUUCUUUGAAUACCAAGUUUGAAACUUUCUUGCAUCAGAAGAAUUUCAAUUUGUUGAUGCAGUUCUUUCAACGUAUGAUGAACUACCUUGGCUUAAGAUUGCCUCCUAAGUCGCAAAGUGAAUACAACACACUUAAGGCACUAAUAAAAGCAUCAGCUGUGAAUGUUGAACUGGUAAGAAAGGCAUUCGAUACUUUCAAGUCUUCUCUCCAUACUGAUUUUCCGAGAAGAGAUUAUGAAGAGUUCCUAACUCUUAUAGUGGCUUUGGUGCAAAAUCUGGAGCAUACAGAUCUAGAGUUCUUGAUAGGUCAAUUCAAACAAGUCCAGCAGAGCCUGGAUCGUUUAUUUAAAAGUAUCAAAGCUUUGUAUGUUGAGAGCUUGGCAUUAGGAAUGUUACCAGACUGGUUGGACACAUUUGAGAACAAUCUGUGUAACUGGAAUCUGACUGUUUUCAAGCAGCUGUCAAAGUUAUUGCAACAGCACAAGCUCUUAGAUGCAAUAGGGAUGUUCCCUCUUCUUGAUGUCAUCAGCCUUACAGAAGGGUUAGCUCAUGGAAAUGUCACAGAGGCACUAACUAAUGUAUACACUUUUAUACUGACUCAAGAACCAAAAAUACCUAUACUUACCAAAGAAGAAUUAUCAAAUCAAGUAGAAAGUAUCCUAAUGUUACAGCAGGCACUGAGUGAUAUGUUUCAGGAACCUGCAGAGGCCUUCAUUUGUAUUUCUGCGGUGUUCUGCUGGACUCUCACAACCUCACCGCCUCAGAAUGAUCCUGCUUUUAAGACUUGUGACUUUGCACACAGCAAUUUUUCUCUUGCUUACAAUGUAGUCAUUAACAUAAUUAAGCAACUGAAAGUGAUUCCUCUGGAGGACAGUUCCUCCUGUACCAAGGAAGACUUUCAGACUGAUAUCAUGCGCAAUAUGACCUGCUUUUUUCAUCACAUCAGAGAAUGGAAUUCUCUUCUACUGAAGUUUUCUGAGCUCCGUCAUUUAAAUGCCUCAGUCCUCAAAGAGUUGCUAGACUUUUGGAAUCAACUGUCUAUAUCUCUUGUACCUUUGGAGGCCAAUACUACAGACUCAGUCACAUGCUCACCCACGCUGAAGAUGCAGGCCGCUUUACAGCUUGUAGAAGCACUGGAUGGUAUGACAAUGAUAGAAAUGGAGACAGCCAAAGCUGUUCUUGAGCAGUUGGAUGAUCUUUAUGAUAUCCUAAAUUUGAGUGGAGACAGAAAAAUGUCACUUAUAAAGACUAUUCUUUCAAAUUUUAAGAACACAACCAAUGAAUUGUCUGGAUUGCUGGGUACAGAGCCUGUCUUUUCUUUUUUCUCUUUACUUCAGCCUUUAAUAGCACUGUCAUCUUUUGGAAACGAGACUUAUUUGGUGCUUAUGGCAUUAUCAGCUUUAAAUGGAAAUGAAAAUACAUCUAAUAAUUUUGAGGAUUUCUGGUUUCACAUAGAGUCCAGUAUAGAAAACUUGUUAGUGAAUUUUAAUGUUAGGCAUUUACUUACGGUGAUAGAGCAAGACUUUCAGAUAUUAAGGGUAGCUACUGGACAGUCAAUGGAUCUUGAUGUUCCAAUACCUUGGCUUAAUAUGUCAUCUGUUGAUGCUAUGUUAAGAAAUUUUGAAGACAUUCAAGAGAGUGUGAACACGUUUCUAUGUGAGUGUAAUGCCAAAAAUUACCCUAAAAUACUGCAUAUUCUGAUCUUCUUAAUGACUAAUGAAAAGUCAGCUGAUGACCUACUGCUAAUUUUUGAAGAUAUUGUUGACUUUCUGGAAUUCUUCCAAAAUCAGUCUAAGGAAGAUUAUAUAUCUAUGUUUUAUGAUGAUCUUAACAGUGCAAACAUGAAUAAUACCCAUACUGCUGACUCAGUUUUGCAGAAUAGUCUCCUUCAUAUGAUUGCUGACCUUGCUAUUACAGAAACAGCUCUGCAUUUAAACAAUACAGAGCUUCACACAGUGGACUUCUUUGAUUUAUUUUUUGAUGAUACACAACAUGGAAACUAUGGAAAAAACACUAAUCCUUUCCAAAACACAGCUCUUGAAAACAUGCAAGAGGUCUUGCAAAUGAUCUUUCCAUCUUCUACAGAACAUGACAGGAACAGACUUGCCUCCUUGCUAAACUACUUGCAUGAGGAUAUAAUGGCAGAAAUGAGGUGUAAAGAUGGCUUAACAAGUCACUUCCUCCUCUUUGUCUUUGAAGGAAUCAUUCUGGUUCAAGAUCAUUAUCAGGAUAUCAGAAGAGUGUGGUCUGCUAUCAACAAGGGGGAUUGUGAGAAUAUGGCAUAUAUAAAUGAGAUUUUUUUCAAUACUGUGGAGAGCUUCCUCAGAGUUGUACAAAAUACCAAUGAUGGGAGCUGUGAAUGUCACCUACUGUUAGAAAAUAUCCGGAGACACUUGCAAACGUUGAGUGAAAAUUUGGAGACAUUUUCAGAAAAUCCGGUGCUAGCUCUUCUCAGCAGUUUCAGUCUUUUGAAUGAUGUGAAAGUCAAAGACUGUGUGAAGAAUGCUACUGAACUGGCGCUUAACAUUCGUUCUUCUAUCAAUAUUUCUGAAGAAACAAUCAAGACUGUUUUGGAAGCUAGUAUCUCCCAUUCAAAGUUUUUUUACAGUGCCCUUGCAGCAGCUUUAGCUGGAAGAUGUGACGAAGAAGUAUUUGGCCUGCUGCUAACGUUACCUGAAAACAGCAGAAAUUCCCUAGUGGUGGAGGAAUUAUGUUCUUUACCAGCACUGGACUUGUAUAUCAUGUUUGUAUUAUUUAUUCAGAAUUUGAACUUACGUCAUAUCAUUUACAAGGUUAGGAUACCAUCCGAGAUAGACACCUUACUGAACACGUUAUUGGAUGUAAUUUCUGGUAUCAGCUCCCUUCUCGAUAAAGCCCAGCGUGUCAUGGAAAACCUUCCAGUGUUCCUCCAAGCUGUUAAAAACAUUGGUGUACGUGAUAUUUCCACUUUGCAGCAGCUCUUACAGGGUGGGCAGUUCAGGCGCUCACCUGUUGGAUCCCUAGAGUCUGUAAUCAAGGCAGUGUGUAAAGAAGAGUCUUCAUUUUUCAGCAAGGCGAACAUGUUCAUUGACAUGCCCAGAAUCACAGAGCUGUUGGAGGGCAACAUGGCAAAAAUGAGCCUUCUUUUUCCUUCAGCUCCAUUUUGCUUGAAGCUUUAUCAGGAGAUUUUGCAGUCUUCUAACGGGGCUUUGUUAUGGACUUUCCUGAAGCCUUUAUUACAUGGGAAGAUACUGUACAAUUCCAACAUCAACAUGAUUGACCUGGUGAUAGAGAAAGCCAAUUUCACCUUUGCUUUUGUGGAAAGUUUGAGGACUUAUUCUCAGACGUGGCUUAGGAUGUCCGAGGUUUUUAAAAACAGUGGAAAAGACCUUGUGGUCUCUCGGCUGCAGGAAGCACUGCACAACAAGUUCAUAAAACACUUUGUAGAAAGUCACUUAAAUAUUGACAUGGGAAAGCUUAUUGAAGAUAUGCAAACAUAUGAGACUAUGAUGGACAAGAUGCUCAACAGCUCUGCAACUAAACAGAUUGACUUGUUGUCACAGCUCUUAGUAAAUAUCUCUUCCUGUGUGUUGCUGGAUCGUUUCCAGCCUUUUGAAUCUGUUGAUAAAUUGGAGGAGAAGGCUCGUGAGCUCAUGCAACAAAAUAAUUUUUUGGCUAGUAUCAUCUUCAACAUGCCAGACAACAAAACACAAGAUUCUAGAAGUCUUCCGCAACGCAUUUCAUAUACAAUUAGGACCAGUGUUCUCUAUAGCAUGAGAACAGAUUUGGUAAAAAACCCCAUGUGGAAAUCUCAUCCCCAGAACUUGCCAGCUGAUGGGUUUAAAUACAACCAUAUCUUUGUUCCUCUGCAAGACAUGAUCGAAAGGGCAAUUAUUUUGGUACACACUGGGACAGAUACCUCAGAGCCAGCAAUUCAGGUGCAAGCCAUGCCUUAUCCUUGUCAUACCAGUGAUUUAUUCUUGAACAAUAUAGGGUUUUUUUUCCCACUGAUGAUGAUGUUAACAUGGAUGGUCUCUGUUGCUGGCAUGGUUCGCAAGUUGGUUUAUGAAAGAGAAAUUCACCUUGAAGAGUAUAUGAAGACAAUGGGUGUACAUCCAGCUGUUCAUUUCUUGGCUUGGUUUCUGGAGAAUGUCAUUGUGCUUGCAAUAAGCAGCUGUGCUUUGGUUGUCAUCUUGAAAGCAAGUGGCAUCUUUGCUUACAGCAACAGCUUCCUCAUUUUCCUUUUCCUCCUGGAUUUUGGAGUGGCAGUUGUUAUGUUCAGCUAUCUGUUGGGAGCAUUUUUUCACAGUGCCAAUACAGCAGCACUGUGCGCCAGCCUUGUGUAUAUGAUCAGCUUUUUACCCUACAUAGUUUUAUUGAUCCUGCAAAACCAAUUGAGUUUAGUCAGCCAGAUUGUUACAUGUCUUCUGUCUACGACUGCCUUUGGGCAAGGCAUAUUUUUCAUUACAUUCUUUGAGGGCCAAGAAGUAGGAAUUCAGUGGAAUAAUAUGUACCGGCCCAUAGCACAAGGAGAAUACAUGACCUUUGGAUGGAUGUGCUGGAUGAUGUUCUUUGACUCCAUUUUAUAUGCUAUAGGUGGCUGGUAUUUCAGCAAUAUUUUUCCUGGAAAAUUUGGAAUAAGGAACCAAUGGUACUUUCCUUUUACUGCUUCCUACUGGAAAAACCUGUGUGGAAAGAAACAUGAUCUGAAUUCUAACAUGUUUUUCUUCAACGAAAACUUCCAAGAAAAAGGUUUACCUCCAGGUGAGAAAGGUGCUAGCGCAGAAGGAGCCACCAUUGGUGUCAUAUUGCUGUCACUCACCAAGAAGCAUGUGGAUGGCCAGCAGGCUGCUGUGAAAGAUCUCAGCCUCACCUUCUAUCGAGGCCAAAUAACAGCUCUCUUGGGGCCUAAUGGAGCUGGGAAGACAACAGUUAUUUCACUGUUGACUGGCCUGUAUCCGCCCAGCUCGGGUACCAUCAUCAUCAAUGGAAAGGACAUACGGACUGAUCUGGCUGCCAUCAGGACAGAGCUGGGCGUUUGUCCCCAGUAUGAUGUUCUAUUUGACACGCUAACAGUGAGAGAGCAUCUACUGCUGUACGGAUCAGUGAAGGCUCCCAUCUGGACAGCAGAACAGUUGGAUCAGGAAGUCAGUGGAGCUCUGGAAGAUGUGCAUUUAUCCCAGCAUCAGAACAAACCUGUUGGUGUCCUUUCUGGGGGAAUGAAAAGGAGGCUGUCGAUUGCCAUCUCCUUUAUUGGGAAUUCCAGGACAGUUGUUCUUGAUGAGCCCACUGCUGGAGUAGAUCCGUGCUCUCGACGUAGCAUCUGGGAUGUUCUUCUGAAGUACAAAGCUGGUUGCACACUGAUCUUUACUACUCACCAUCUUGAUGAGGCAGAGGUGCUCAGCGAUCACAUUGCCAUCCUGCAGCAUGGCCAGCUGAAGUGCUCAGGUUCUCCUACACAUCUGAGAGAAACAUAUGGCCAGGGACACAGUUUAACACUCAUAAAAAAGCCUUCUGUGUUUGAAAUCCAAGACCCUAAGCAUAUUGUUCACGUCACCUCUUUGGUGCAGACCCACAUCCCAGAAGCCUUUCUGAAAGACAGCAGCGGGACUGAACUGACCUAUGUGAUCCCGGAAAGGGUAGAUAAGACCUCCUUUAAGGGUCUUUUUCAGGCUUUAGAUGAAAAUCUUCAUCAUCUACAUGUGACUGGCUAUGGCAUUUCUGACACCACCUUGGAAGAGGUAUUUCUGAAGCUACUGCAAGAGUCGGAGAAGAUGCCCUGCAUUCCACAGACAGCGCACCUGAACGAAGCAAAUGGUGUUGACUCAGCCUUUAUGGGUGCCUCAAGUGUAUGUGGAGCCACUCUUAUUCUCACUCAAGUUGUUGCACUUCUGAUGAAGAAGUUUCACCAUGCCAGGCGAGACUGGAGAGGGAGUCUGUCAAAUAUUCUGCUGCCCGUUCUCUUUGUUGCAGUGGCGAUGGCCUUGUUCAGUGUGAAGCCACUGGCUAUUGAUUAUCCUUCACUCAGGCUGACACCAGGACUUUAUGAGAAUGCAGAAUCCUUCUUCAGCACUGGAGAUGAUAACCUUGGAGACCUUUCUCAGAUUCUGCUGAGACGCUUUGCUGAUUUGGACCAUAUGUGCACACAUUCACAACAAGGGAAAAAUAAUUCGUGUUGGCAGAUGGAAUCUAUUUCACAUCAAUAUUCCUGCGGAUGUGUGGCUGAACAAGAGAUGUGUUCAAGUUUCAAUGUCUCUGCUCCCUAUGUGAAGAAUAAGAAAGGGCAAAUUCUGUAUAAUCUUUCAGGAUUCCUUGUGGAAGAAUAUUUAGUCCGGCCUUCCAACAAACCAAGAUAUGGUGGCUGGUCUUUUGGAGAGAAGACAGCCUUUGACCUUCAAAAUCUAAAAUUGAAUAACACCAAAUACAAGUCUGUGGCCAAGGUGUGGUACAACCAAAAAGGUUUCCAUUCACUGCCAUCCUACUUAAAUGAACUAAAUAACUUUAUUCUAUGGCUGAAUUUGCCUCCUACAGUGGACUGGAGACAGUAUGGGAUCACACUUUAUAGCCAGCCCUAUGGGGGAGCCCUCCUGGAUGAGGACAAAAUAAUGGAGAACGUUCGUCAGUGUGGCGUAGCACUGUGUAUCAUGUUGGGUUUCUCUAUCCUUACUGCAUCCGUUGGAAGCGCAAUAGUGAAAGACAGAGUGUCUGGCGCAAAGCGCCUGCAGCACAUCACUGGCCUUGGAUACAAAACCUACUGGCUUGCAAACUUCUUCUGUGAUAUGCUGUUCUACAUGGUUCCAGUUGCCCUGUGUGUUGCUGUCAUUACUGCCUUCCAGCUAUCAGCCUUUACUUUCCGAGAGAACUUGGCAGCCACUGUUCUCCUGCUGACACUCUUUGGAUAUGCAACUCUACCAUGGAUGUAUCUUGUAUCCAGAUUUUUCUCAAGUUCAGAUAUAGCUUUUAUUUCUUACAUCUCCUUAAACUUUGUGUUUGGCCUUUGCACGAUGCUGGUGACUCUCUUACCUCGUUUGUUGGCUAUAAUUUCUAAAGUGCAGAGUUUUCAGAGUGUCUACAAGAUCCUUAAAUGGGCAUUUAUUAUAUUCCCACAAUUCUGCUUAGGGCAAGGUUUGAUAGAACUUUCCUACAAUCAGAUCAAGUUUGACCUGACCAGCAGGUUUGGAAUAGACUCGUACGUGAGCCCGUUUGAGAUGAACUUUCUCGGGUGGAUUUUUGUGGAAAUGGCCCUACAAGGAACGUUUCUUCUUCUUUUACGGAUUUUUCUUCAUUGGGAUCUCCUCCAAAAAGCAAGAGGUCAGUGUUCAGUUAGCAGCAUGGUCAACAUUUCAGAAGAUACUGAUGUAGAAAUGGAGCGGCAGCGACUCUUUGGUGGAAGAACGGCUAAUGACAUCCUACUGCUGUACAACCUCAGGAAGUGCUACGGAGGGUUCAAUAAGAAGAAUGCAGCUGUCGAAAACAUCAGCCUGGGAAUACCAAAGGGAGAGUGCUUUGGUCUUCUGGGAACAAACGGAGCUGGGAAAAGCACCACGUUUAAGAUGCUGACUGGAGAUAUCAUCCCAUCUGCUGGGCGUGCUGUUAUCAGGACUCCUACAGGGUCUGAAAUGGAUAUACAGUCUGCUAGCUCUGAAGGCAUUCUCGUUGGUUACUGCCCACAGCAAGAUGCUCUGGAUGAGCUGCUGACUGGUCGGGAGCAUCUUCAUUAUUACUGCACCUUGCGUGGAAUUCCAAAACAAUAUAUCCACAAGGUAGCAGAGGACCUUGUUAACCAGUUACACUUGGGUGCCCAUGUUGACAAACUGGUGAGGACAUACAGCUGUGGCACGAAGCGGAAGCUCUCUGCUGCUGUGGCUUUAGUUGGCAAACCUCAAAUACUUUUAUUGGAUGAGCCCAGUUCUGGUAUGGAUCCCUGCUCUAAACGCUACCUUUGGAAAACUAUCCUGAAGGAAGUUCAAGAUGGUUGUGCCGCUGUGCUGACAUCACACAGUAUGGAAGAAUGUGAAGCCCUCUGCACACGGCUUGCGAUUAUGGUCAAUGGAAGUUUCAGGUGUCUUGGUUCUCCCCAGCACAUUAAGAACAG